AGGGCAAAGGGCCGUGGUGCCAUUUUGAGAGCGAGGUUAUUAGCGCUCCCCUCCCCCCGCCGCCUGCCAGGAGUGCGCUUCUUCCCGAGGCGGCGGAGGACGGGCAGGCGGGCGGGCGCCUCUGCUUUGAGAUGCUUCAGGCUGAAAGUAGAGUAAGGCUCUUGGAGUGUCAGAAUGAAAUCACAGUUGAACCAUGUUCUAAAAAAAUGAAGUCAGCAGAAGAGGCUUAUGAGAAACACUCUGAUGAUGAUAACCAAGGUCUUCAGGAGAAUACUGUGAGAAUAUCAAACAAUUUGGUACCAGCGUAUGCAUCAGAUAACCAAGAACAGCAUGCAGUGCAGAAGCAGGAGAAAAUAUUUGCUAGUGUCUUCAGACUGAAUGAAGUGCUUCCUGAAAAUAAUGUAGUGCUUACUCAGCCAGUUGAUUCAGAAACUGUGCAGAACGUAAACCCACCAUUUGUAUCGAUGAAUGACACUGAAGUUGAAGAAAGAAAAGACUGUUUUAUUACAGAUACUGCUGAUGAAGAUAGUAUUAAAAAAUGCAGUACAUUAUUCUCUGUAAAUGGAAAUGCAUCAGGUGAUUUUUUUACAAGCAAGGACUUUAUCGGACCAAUUUACAAGCCUGCUGAAAAUCACAAGCAGGACAAAUCUGGCAGCUCCAAUCAAUGUAGAAGCAGUGAGGGAGACCAGAGUGAAGUUCAUGGAAACGGCACUAGGAGAAAGGAGGCAGAGAAGACGCAGACUAUUUCUUCUGCUGUACCAGAAAUAGAUGAUGAACUGGACCAGUUCUAUAAAGAAAUUCACCAGCUGGAAAAUGAAAAUCUAAGUACUAAUUUUCAAGAGAAAGAAAAUGAAACUCAUCAGGAACUAUACUCUCCAUCUCACUAUAGUCAAACCACACAAGAGGAUUAUCAAUGUGCAUUAUUGGGCAGCUCACAACCACUGUGUGAGAAUGGACAGUAUUUUGGGAGAGGAGGAGGGAACAGUCAGAAAAUAGUCAAUGAGCAGCAGUUUGUCAUGGAAACAAGUGACUGGAAAUCUGAAAAUAAAUUUAAUGGACAAGAAGACACUAAGUAUUGGAACUACUCGGUGCCUGAAUUCAGACCUGCUUGGCAAUCAAUGCAGUCUUUCAUAGUGCCUCAGGGCCCUCUUCCUCCUGGAUUUAACCAUCAGUCAAAUGUUCAGAUACUUAAUUCCCCACUACAAAAAACAAAUGCUCUCUCUUCUCCAAAUGGUGAACUCUUUUACAAAAAUUACCAUGGUUACCCUGAAAAUACUGAUAUCAACAAUCACAGCCCAGUGCAUGAUCAAAGUACCAACUCUGCUGGUCAUAUUGAUAUCCAUACUUCUCAGGUCUUCAGAAAUGGAAAUAAUGACCAAAACGGACUUCAAAAUAGUGGUUUCUGUGAAACCAAAGAGUGUUGGAAAGAUCUUAAAACUGGCCAUACAGUAGGAAUGCACAGCUUUUCUUCCUUUCAAUUACCUGAAGAAAGAUUGAGUUGUUCACAGAAAUUGCUCCUGAUCUUAAGAGGCCUGCCUGGUUCAGGGAAAUCAACACUUUCUCGUAUUCUUCUUGGUCAAAGUCGUGAUGGCAUUGUAUUCAGCACAGAUGAUUAUUUUCGUCAACAAGAUGGAUAUAUAUAUGAUGCUGCUCACCUUGGUGAUGCCCAUGACUGGAACCAGAGGAGAGCAAAGCAAGCAAUGGAGCAGGGAAAAUCUCCAGUUAUAAUAGACAACACUAAUACUCAAGCGUGGGAAAUGAAGCCAUAUGUGGAAGUGGCUCUAGAAAAAGGAUACAGAGUGGAGUUCCAUGAGCCAGAUACUUGGUGGAAAUUUGAUCCUGAUGAAUUAGAAAAGAGGAAUAAACAUGGGGUCACUCGUGAGAAGAUUGCUCAGAUGUUGGAACGAUAUGAAUAUCAAAUAUCCAUACCUAUUGUCAUGAAUUCAGUGAUGCCUUCCCACAAAAACACUCAAAGGCCACCUCUGCAUCGAAGACAUAGGUGGGGAGGCAAUACAGACUUGUGGAAUUCUUUCAGUAUUUCCAGUAGCCAAUAACACAGUUGCAGUCAAUUAGUAAAAAUCUGUUAUUUGCCCUUCUUAAAUAUAUCAUCACCUCCAAUAAAGUAAUGGAUCUUCUUUGUUUCAAAUAGGCCUAUUUCAUGACCAUGUUCUUCUGGAGGUUGUUCUUCUAACAAACUUGCCCAUAAAUAAAGUUGUACAUUAAAUGUUUUUUAAAACUAUAUUUAUUAGAGUUGUAGUAGCUUUGAUUUUAGAAGAAGAUUUAAUAAUAUAGUAUGACAUACAAUAGAGUCUCCAUAAGUCUAAGUAUGUUGUCAUACAUCAAGUAACUGCUGAGCAGUUGUUUUUUUUACAGAAGAGAUCAUAUGUCUUUUAAAAGAUGAUUAAAGCCUCAGAAGAGGAGAGGUUUUUUUUAUACUAGCCAAUUUUAAUGACUGUCAUUUAGUCUUCUCGUGGUUUUAGGAGAUUUUUUUAAGUCCUGGAUUAUUCUUUUGCUCUAUUUGGCAUGUACUGCCAAUUGGCAAGAUUUUGGCAUGUGUUUUCUACGUUCAGUUGUGAUGUGCAGAGAUUUUUUGUCUCCAAAGCUCAUCUGGCAGCUAAAGCAGCAUUAUGCCAAUACAGUAUUCACCAGCCUUAAAGCGUGCUAUCUGAAUUAUUUUUCAGUUUGUUUGUUCUCAGUAGUACAUAAACUAUGAUGGUAGUGGCACACCACUGUCUUUUUGUGCUGACUGAAAAGAACUAAAUUUCAUCACUAAGAAAGAGUUAUAUCUUUCUAAGUCAAUUUCUUUCAUUUGUGAUAAAAACAAAUUACCAAAGCAAUUCCCAGUCCACAGCUGGGAUGCAUCAGUUCAAUUUAAACUGUGCAUAUGUAGGUCUGUAAAACCAUGUCGCGUUUGUAAUUUUGGCACAGCCCGUGUAAUACGUUUAACAACUAAUAAGAAAUGACCCAGCAUGGAGUGACUUAUUUAUUGCCCUUGUUCUCUUGAAAAUUGAAGGAUUUGUGUGUUUUCACUUUGCUUUUUAGCAUCUUGUUGUAUUAAUAAAAUGUCUUUAUCUUCA